AUGGAGGAGCCCGAGAAGAAGCUGGCCCAGAAGAGUGACGGCAAACCCCGGAAAGUCCGAUUUAAAAUCUCUUCCUCCUACAGCGGCCGUGUGUUGAAGCAAGUCUUUGAAGACGGGCAGGAAUUAGAGUCACCAAAGGAGGAAUACCCUCACAGUUUCCUCCAAGAGUCCCUUGAACCAAUGGAUGGUGUUUACGGAUCUGGGGAAGUCCCAAAGCCCCAACCGUACUCUCCCAAGCUGACUGCUCAGAGGAUCAGCGUGUUUCGAGAGGGUAGUGCCUACACCUUAGCAGGCAGCCAGCCUUUCUUCAAUGAUUACAAGGCCAAUGACCAUAAGUCCCCACCUAUUAUAGAUUUUGGAAAGAUAAUCAUCUACACGAAUAACCUGAAAAUCAUUCGAACUCCAAUGGACAAGAGAGAUUUCAUGAGGAAAAUGCUGCAAAAGGAAGAGGAGGCCGAGGAAGAGUCUCUGAUGAGCAAAGAAGAAAUCUGUGCACACCAGAACCAUGGUCCUUUGCCAGAGAUGGAAGGCACCUUCCCCCAUAACCAGUACCCACAGGAAGGGGAGCAGCCUGAGGACAACUGUUUCCACUGCCAAGGGUCGGGCAGUGCCACCUGCUCUCUGUGCCACGGCAGCAAGUUCUCGAUGCUGGCCAACAGAUUUAAGGAGUCCUAUCGGGCCCUGCGGUGCCCUGCCUGCAAUGAGAAUGGCCUGCAGCCUUGCCAGGUCUGCAAUCAAUAG